AGUGCGCAGGCGCGCUGGCUGAGUAAGUCUCAGAGCAAACUGGCCAUCAGUCUGACCGGUUCUGUCACUUCAUAUGACCGCACUGAACUCAGACGUCUUUAGAAAACCGACUGAGCUCGUACAGAAAGGACAGUGUAGACUCUUUUCACACAGUGAGCCGGUGAAAGUGCAACAGGAUCCGUGCGCGGUCACUUCUUCAUCGCGCUGUUAAUUAUUCAGUCCUGUCCGUCCGACCUGUAGCUCGCAGCCGGAGCCAUGGAGGAGGAGGAGAGCACCGUGCCGGACUUUAAGGAGAUAGAGAUGAAGCUCGGUCGCAAAGUCCCGCAGAGUUUGGUUCGCUCCAUCGCGGAUUUGGAGCACAGAGGCAAGAUCGAGUCCAGACUGACGGCUCCAGCCAAAAGACACUCCACCAACCAGGACCUGAAACGGCUGGAGAGCAAGAUGGUGUUUCUCAGACAGGAAAUGGCCCAUCUCCGUGCCAUCGACGUCAAGCUGAUGCAGCAGCUCCUGUCCAUCAACGAGGGCAUCGAGUCCAUCCGCUGGGUGAUGGAGGAGCGAGGGGGCGUGGCCAGCCGAGAGAGCAGCUUGAAUGGCAGCUUGUACAGUCUAACGGACAGUCAGGACGCAUCUCUGCGUGGUAGCCUCAAUAGCCUCCACGACAGGACUGACGAACUGGACGGGAUUUCAGUGGGCAGUUACCUGGACACUCUAGGGGAGGACCUAGCUGAUCACCCAUCGCCCACUGACCUAUCAGGCAGCUUCAGCGAUAAAGCCAUCAUUGAGGACGACACAUUUACGAAAUCCCCACUUCGGCCCAGAGUGGACUCGGAUGAAUACUACUGUUUCGGAUAACGUUUUGUAGCAUCUGCAGUGAAUGAUGGGGCAUUUUCAGUUUGAACCUAGCCACUGUAAUGAAAGAACACAGGACAAAGGAAGACAUAACGGUUCCCUAAGGGGAACAGCAGGUAGUCCAGACUAGCCAUUAGCCAUUAGCAUCUGCUGCUGCUGAUGUGGUAAUGUCACUGUGAUUCUGUUAGCGCUCACCAGCUUUAGACUGGCUGACCUAAAACCUCUCAGCCAAAGUUGUGUUAAUCAAAGCUCCAGCUACACUCACCCUCAAUAUGUUCUUGCCUUGCCACAACAGUAGGUGCUACAUCACAGUUCCUGCUAAAACAGAACAUUUGGACAUGCACAUUUUUAGGGAAGAAGAUCUUAUGUGUUGUGCACUCUUUUAAAAACCAUUGUAAAACCUUUAUGUCUCAUUUUUUCCCUUAAUAAUAAUAGAUUUGUCUUAUUAAAAGCCCUGCAACUCCUUCUAAUGACAAGCAAAUGUACUAGGUCAUUGUCUAUGGCAUCUAAGAGAUUACAAAAGAUCUAUCUUGGUGGACCAAGGGGUCCAAAUAGAUGUUCCUACAGCAAAAAUAGAAUUUCACUGACCAUGAACUGCAGCUAAAGCUUAAAAAUGUGAUCUUUAAUAUAAUAGGUACUGAUUAUGUUAAUGGAAACUGAACAUAGAUCUUCAUACACGCUUCACAAAUUGCUGUGUAGUGUUAAAGGGGACACUUUAGACAAAAUGAUCAAUUUAAACAUCACUAUCUUUUGUAAACAUCUCUAAUAUUUAUAAUAUUAUAGCAUAAUAUUUAGCAUAGUAUAAGUGCUAUAUUGUAGGGAGAGAAAACAGGCAAAACAAAAACGUAUAUAAAAUAAUGUUAAAUUAUAAAUUCUGUCAAAUCGAUGAGGCUGAGGGAUAUGAAGCCCUGCUACAGAAUACUGAAUAAAACAACAAGUGACAUAGUAAGACCUAGUUUUAGGCCAGAAUGUCUCUUUAACAUGUGUAUAAUGUCUGUAUUAUGUGUGGAAUACAAAGGGAUAUAUGCUCAUGUCACUGCACUUCAUGGUCAGUGAAGCUCUGAAAAGCUGUGGAUUUAAAGUGCAAUUUGUGCUUAUGCCAAAGUUGAUCAGUUUCUUAAUAUCGUAAAGUUUUUCUGCUUAAAAAAGGCAGAAUUUCUGUUUUGCCACUUUCAAGAGAAUGACACACUGUUUGUGGUUUUCCUCUUAAAGGGAGUAACACUGUUUAAAAAAAAAGAAACUUGAGACUUUUGUCCACUUUUUGACAUUCUGAUUUUUUUUACUGUGUAUUUUAUCUAAAACCCACUAAAGGCAUUACAGCAGUCUUGUGGUUAGGUUUUUCCAGUGAAUCUGGACUUGUGUGAGCGUGUUGUGUGUAAUUCAAUAUGUUCCUAUUGUACUGCGUGCUAUCCAGCUUGGUUGUUCCUAAUUUAUUACUGUAUUGUUUAUAAACUGUAUUUUUUGGUGGAAAUGUCUUAAUAUAUUGUGUUUUCAAAACUCCUAAGUCCUUUCAUUGAAACAACAGUGUGUAAUAGUGGAUGGUGCAAGUUCUUUGUCAAAUAAAGCUGAGAUCUUUUGUUUUGUUCUAA